AAAAGUAGUUUAUGGACUGAUGGGAAAAUUCAAAGGCGCAUAGAAGGGAAGAAUGUGAGAGAAAAGUGGAAGCUUUGACCGCCAUUGAUUCUCUACACUCACGUCAUCUCCUCAUCUCAUUUCCCAACUCUCUCUCUCUCUCUCUCUGAUGCGUGUUCUUGUCUUUCCUUUAGAUUCAUUGGCUCAGAUCAGUCACAGAGCCAAGUAGAAGAAUAACGAGCAAAGAAGGUCCAGUGGGGAUUUUCUGACAUUGACAAAGUGCCAAGUCUACACUCUUUUAACUUUUUUUUGCAAAUAGAUAUGGCAGAAGUUGAUAAUCAACUAGAGAUCAAGUUUAGGCUAACUGAUGGUUCUGAUAUCGGCCCUAAAGCUUUUCCUGAUGCUACAACUGUUUCCGCCUUGAAGGAAACUGUUAUUUCUCAAUGGCCUAGAGAAAAGGAAAACGGGCCGAAGACAGUGAAAGAGGUGAAGUUGAUAAGCGCAGGGAAAGUUUUGGACAACAACAAGACGGUUAAAGACUACCGAAACCCUGUCUCUAAUCUCGUAGGUGCUGUCACCACAAUGCACGUUAUCAUCCAACCUCUGCUUACUGAAAAAGAAAAGAAGCCUAAAGGAGAUGAUCCUAAGAUGAACAAAUGUGUCUGCACGGUCAUGUAAGAGAAACGCAAGUAAUCUCGAGAGAGACAGAUUACAGGUCUGGUUCCCUCACGUGGUUUGGUAUAGAUUGUUUGCUGAUACAUAAUCAUAAGUGUUGAACCUCUUUUCUUCUUCUUUUUUUAUAAAUCAAAUCUUUUUUGCUAGCUUGUUGCAAGAAUCACAGAUAGAGUGAAUCAUAGAUGUAGUAGUGGAUUCAGAACUUGUUGAAACACACAAAGAGACUCUGCUUUACCUCUGUUUUCAGAACCUUUUUGUCUCAUCUAAGAAUUCCAGAAUAGAGUUUCUCUCUC